AUGGGUUUUCCAAAAUUGUCCCUCUUCCUUCUUCUCUUCUUCUUCUUCCUCCUCUUCACACCCCAUUUCUCUGAUUCAUCAUCCUCUUCUGAUUACACAACUUUAGUCUACAAAGGUUGCUCAAAAAACACUUUCACAGAUCCAAAUGGUGCAUACUCACAAUCUCUCUCAGCACUCUUUGGUUCCCUCGUUUCACAGUCCACAAAAACUAAGUUCUUCAAAACAACAACCGGGAAUGGCCAGAACAGCAUAACAGGUAUCUUUCAAUGUAGAGGAGAUCUCACAAACUCCGAUUGCUACAACUGUGUUAGCAAGCUCCCGGUUCUUUCAGACAAACUUUGCGGCAAAACCAUUGCUGCUAGAGUUCAGCUUCUAGGUUGUUACAUGCUGUACGAGGUUGCUGGUUUUCCUCAAAUCUCAGGCAUGGAUAUUCUUUUCAAAACAUGCGGAACAACGAAUGCUGCUGGAAGAGGGUUUGAAGAGAGAAGAGACACUGCUUUUUCUGUGAUGGAAAAUGGGGUUAUCAGUGGUCAUGGUUUUUAUGCUACUAGCUACCAAUCUAUGUAUGUUAUGGGACAGUGUGAAGGUGAUGUUGGCGAUUCUGAUUGUGGUGAGUGUGUUAAAUCUGCUGUUCAAAGAGCUCAAGUUGAAUGUGGAAGUUCUAUUUCUGGACAGGUUUAUUUGCAUAAGUGCUUUAUCAGUUUUAGCUAUUAUCCUAAUGGGGUUCCAAGGCAACACUCUUCUUAUGGUGGUUCAUCCUCUUCUUCUGCUUCUUCAUCUUUUACUGGACAAAAUACAGGGAAGACAGUGGCUAUAAUAUUAGGAGGUAUAGCUGGUGUGGCAUUUUUGGUUAUAUGCUUGCUAUUUGCUAGGAAUUUGGUCAAGAAACGUGAUGAUUAUUGA